AUGGUUAAAAAAAGGAAAAGUGUACUAAAAUCUUCAACACAGGUUGUUGAUUCACCAAUGAAAGAACCAAGAAUUAUAAGAGGUAAUCAUUUAGAAAAGGCUCGCAACAGUUUGAAUGAAGCUCUUGAUGUUAUUGCAAAGAAGGAGCAAAACAAAGCCGAUGAUGUGACCGAUAAUGAUGUAUUAGUUGUAGAAGAAAAUGAUACAAAUAAGCGAGUAAAGAUAUAUGAGUCCAAACAAGAAGUUAAAGAUUCGUUGGUAUUAAAAUUACGAGAUCGCAGCAUUGAUUUAGCUUCUUUUACCAAUAAUUCAGCAAUGUACUCUAUAUGCCGGGCUUGGAUAAAAAAUGACCCAUUAUCAGCAAGACAAGUAAAAAGUAAGAAAUCUGAACAUUUAGAACGUUCGCUUAAAAUUGAUAAUGAAUCAUCUACAAUCGAAGAUUACGUUUAUAAAUUGCCACCCCCUAAAAGCAGACCCGAAGAUGAGACUGAUGCUAUUUACAGAAUACCUAUAAAUUUACCAAAGGAUGUAGUAACAAAAAUGGAUAUUAAAAAUAAUAUUAAAGAAGUUCCUACUGUUAGUGAAUUACUUAAUGAGCACAGGAAAAGAUGGGUUUGUAUACGACAGCAGUGGAUUAAAUUCAGUAAUGAAAAUGAAUCCCGUUAUGCUAUGUCAAAAAGCAUUUUGAAUUCAAUGUUAAACAAGUAA